CCCGGAGCGGGGAUGGGCAUGCGGCGGCCGGCGCUGCUGCCGCCCGCGCUGCUGACCUGCUGCGGCUGGCUCCUGGCCCCGGUGAGCAGUGUUCAUCCAGAAUGCCGGUUUCACCUGGAAAUACAGGAAGAAGAAACAAAAUGCACAGAGCUUCUGAGGGCUCAGGCAGCACAGCCCAAAGCCUGCAGUGGCGUGUGGGACAACAUCACUUGCUGGCGGCCUGCAGAGCUUGGCGAAACUGUCACUGUGCCGUGUCCGAAAGUGUUCAGCAAUUUCUACAGCAAACCAGGAAACAUAAGCAAGAACUGCACAGGUGAUGGGUGGUCAGAGAUGUUUCCAGACUUCAUGGACGCCUGCGGCUAUCAGGACCCUGAGAAUGAGCAGAAGAUCUCAUUCUACGUCCUGGUGAAAGCUAUCUACACCCUUGGCUAUAGCCUCUCUCUGAUCUCCCUGACAACCGGAAGCAUCAUUCUCUGCCUUUUCAGGAGGCUGCACUGCACCCGCAACUCCAUCCACCUCAACCUCUUCCUGUCCUUCAUCCUGCGUGCCAUCUCGGUGCUGCUCAAGGACGACGUGCUCUACUCCCGCUCGGGCACCGGGCAGUGUCCCGACCAGCCGGCGUCCUGGGUGGGGUGCAAGCUCAGCCUGGUGUUCUUCCAGUACUGCAUCCUGGCCAACUUCUGCUGGCUGCUUGUGGAGGGGCUGUACCUGCACACGCUGCUCGUGGCCAUCUUCGCCCCCAGCAGGUGCUUCCUGGCCUACCUCCUCAUAGGAUGGGGCAUUCCCACCGUCUGCAUCACGGCGUGGACGGCGGCCAGGAUCCUUCUGGAGGACACCGGAUGCUGGGACACCAAUGAGCACAGCCUCCCCUGGUGGGUCAUCCGGACCCCAAUUCUGAUUUCUAUCAUCGUCAAUUUUGGCCUUUUCAUCAGUAUUGUAAGAAUUUUACUGCAGAAGCUGACGUCCCCAGAUGUGGGACACAACGAUGAGUCACAGUACAAGAGACUGGCCAAGUCCACACUGCUGCUCAUCCCGCUGUUUGGCGUCCACUACAUGGUGUUUGCAUUUCCCGUCGGCAUCUCCUCUGAGUACCAGAUUCUCUUUGAGCUUGGCCUCGGCUCCUUCCAGGGCCUGGUGGUGGCUGUUCUUUACUGCUUCCUCAACAGCGAGGUGCAGAGUGAGCUCAGGAGGAAGUGGCACAGCCUGUGGCCGGGGCGGCCAUCAGCCCGGGACUACACGCUCCACAGCUCGUCUGUCUCCCGGAAUGGCUCCGAGGGUGCCCUGCAGUGCCCCCGGGGCUCCCGCGCCUUCUCCUUCCUGCAGACGGAGACCUCAGUCAUCUAGUGC